AUGACAGUAGCACGACCUCGGGGUCCAAUUGUCAACCUCACACCGGCAUUAUUGCCAAGUCAAAAGGUCCUAACUGGCCGAACCAUUGACCUUGAGAAACUCGAGUUGAAACAUGCAAAAGACCUGUUCAAUCUAGUAGGAGCAACUGAUGCCAUGAAGACUUCGUUUUGGGACUACAUGCCCGAUGGACCCUACACAAAACUGGAUGAGUUCGAGCAAAAAAUCACUGCGGCAUCAGCAUCCCCGGAUAUGUUUUUCUUCGCCGUCAUUGAUAAGCGCAACUCAAAGCCGACCUUCAGAAAGCCAAUUGGAUAUCUGACUCUGAUGCGCAUCACUCCAGAGCAUUUCACUGUGGAAAUCGGCCAUGUGAUGUUCUCGUCGUCACUUCAACGCACCACUGGUGCCACUGAGGCUAUCUUUCUGUUGGCGCGCCAUGCUUUUGAAGAUUUGAAAUUUCGGCGGCUCGAGUGGAAGUGUGACUCGCUCAAUGCGCCGUCGCGGAAUGCGGCUUCGCGACUGGGAUUCACGUUUGAAGGCAUUUUCAAACAUCAUAUGGUUAUUAAGGGGCGGAGUAGAGAUACCGCUUGGUUUGCUAUGCUGCGGGAUGAGUGGGACAAGGGUUUAAAAGGUGUAAUGGAGCAGUGGCUUGAUGAGGGGAAUUUCAAGGAGGAUGGCAGCCAAAAGAAGGAUCUCAAGGAUUUUAAGGCCAAGUGCAAGCACAAAUAA